AUGGAACGGAUUCAAAAAAAAAAACUGGAUAGUGGGUCUUAUCAGAAACUGACUGACAACCUUGUCAAUGACAUCUCACUAUGGGACCUCAGUGCUGACGACCUCACCCUCAUUAACAUCACAGAAGUGGGUCCCCGUAGGAUUAUACUCAAUUUUAUUGAGCGGAACCGCGAGGCUUCUGAAAAUGAUAUUGAAAACAUACAUGAGAACACACAAGAUGUGUCUGAGCCACGAAGAGAAACAGUGCGGUCCAUUCUUGCCAAAGAAACCAAGUUCCAGAAGACCUUGACCAAGCUAUUGGACGUCGGAUUGGUUCCAGAUGCAAAGAAGCUACUACAAAUGAAUCGGAUUUUGACUGACCACUUCUUUGGUGAAAUGAUGUUUCGCGAAAAAAGAUAUCCCACUUGGCCAGACAAGCAAAAAUUUGCUGUGCAAAUCGUAGAAGAAUUCCCCCAUCUAAAGCAGACUCGUGUAUCAGAAAGUGCACCCGGGGAGUCGUACUUUUUCUGGGUUUAUGGUGGAAUGAACACUGGUUGCCACACUGGAUUAAUCGAAACUAGGGUAGCAAAUAUGCGUAAAGACAUAUCUCCUGAAGAUCGCAAGUUUCGGCGCGUAAAAAAUAAGAAAAUUUUUGUCAGUGAAGAACAAAUCAGUAUUGCUGCGCAUAUUUCUGCACUGAGCCCUACACCAGCAAACAUUAAACAGAUUGCUGAUGGCAUGUUGCAAGCGCACGAGCUUCAUGAAUCGAUGUUGCAGAAAAAUACACCAACCCGAUACCAAGACAUCAUUGACACCUUCCCACAUUUCCUCUCUUAUUACGGUGAAAGGAUCAUUCAGGCAUUCGAUCGGCUUCAGAAACAACCGAGUAAUGGACCUUUGUUGUACACGCUGCUUCGUGUAGGAUUGUUGUGCGUCAAAUCCAGUUGGUUCGAAGUGGAGGAUGAUGUACUCAGAGGAGCAUUGCGUCUAACGAAGGUACUUUCGAACAAAGGCAUCAAAAGAUCCAGCAGCUCGCAAAAUGCUUGCAUCACGGCACUGGCCGCUGAACCCUUGAUAAGGUGGAUCAGCUUUAAUCAUCUGGAACCCGGAUUCGAUGAACUAUUGCCAGUAAGACAGACACAGUCCGUAGCGGAGCCCCACAUUAUCUGCGUUGCCGAAUGUUUCAAACAGGGAAAUUAUUACGUCUUGUUCAAAGGAUCCGUUAUUGCAUGUGGAAGCUCAAGUGUACGGGCUGUAGAAGUUUUAUUCAUAUCAUUUGUUGUUUUUGGUACUGAAGUACCCGUGUUGUUGCGAAAACUGGAUGCUAUGAUCUCAGUUAAUGUUUGGGGAUCUAAAACCGUAAGUAAGUUCAAAACCGUUACAGAUUUGUCUUAUCGCUUCAAGGAGUACCUGAAAAAUCCAUUGCAUAAUUAA